CAGUCCGCGCGGCGCGGGGGGGAGGCGCGAGGCCUCGGUGGUCUUUGCGCCUGCGCGCGGCCGCAACCGCCAGUCAGCUCUCCUCCCCUCCCCUCCCUCCCCUUUCCCCUCUCCCCCUCCUCCUCUGCCUCCUAGAGCGAGACACCAAUAUGGAGCCUGAAGACCUACCGUGGCCCGGCGAGCUCGAGGAGGAGGAGGAGGAGGAGGAGGAGACGGAGGAGGCGGAGGAGCGGGCAAACCUGGACUCGGACGAGGUGGUGAUGGUGGAGGAGGUGGAGGAAGAAGAGAGGAGGUACCUGGACUUGGACUUUAGUAACUACGAGAGCCAGCCUCCGGAGAGUACGGACGACGAGGAAGACGAGGAAGCCAAGGCCUGGCUGCAGGCGCAUCCCGUAGGGCCUUUGCCUCCGUCGUCGGUCCCGAGGCACCGCUACUCGGAGGACCAGCGGACCGGCCCGGAGAAGGUUGUUCCAUUGACCUGUCAUGUAUGGCAACAGCCACUAUAUCAAGGCAAUAGUAGGACACAGAUUCCUAAUACUACUGUGGUCUCUGUGGAAAAAACAGUUCGGUGGAGGCCUAAGGCUGAUCAGAGAACAGAAUGUUGGCAGUAUCUUCCUCAAGAGAUGGACUCUUCUCACACCUUGGAUAUAACCCAGACCGGGUUUAAUAUGAGAGAGGAAGGGACCGAAGUGACAGACCUCACCUCUGUGGAGGAAGGUAUAUUGACCCAACCAGAAAAUCAAGGAAAGGAAUCCAAGAGAGGUCUCUUAUGUUCGCCGCUGCUAGUCAUACAAGACAACUUUGCUUCCCCUGAUUUGCCUUUGCUGACAUGUAUGACACAAGAUCAAGAGUUUGGAUCUGAUUCCUUAUUUCAACGAAGCGAACCAGAUUUUGCACCUCUGAGGGGAAUUCCUGGUAAGUCUGAAGAUACUGAAUGGUUUUCUCGACCAUCGGAAGUUAGUGAAGCUUUAUUCCAGGCAGCCUCAGAAGUAGCUUCAGACUUAGUUAACAGUUGCAUUAGUGUAUCUCAGCACUCGCUUAUAGCUAGUACAACUGUUGAGUGUCGGCACUCUUUUUUACCUUUUGAACAAGGGAUUAAAGAAGAGACCCCUUCGUCUGAUACAGUUGAUGAACUGAAAACCCCCAAUGACUUCGAUAGUUGUGAUGCUCUUUGUUCCUAUAUGGCAUGGAAGACACAAGAAGUUCAGGAGCCAGAAGUCAGUUUAGCUGAUAAAGGUCAAGUUUCUGUUUCAACCUCAUCUUAUACAAGUGAUGAAUACAUGACUCCUGAAGGAAGUGACAGUUUUGAUGCUUCUUGUUCAUAUGUGCAGUAUUGGAAACAGAAAGCUUUACAGCAGUCAGAAAAUUAUCUAACCAGUAAGGAUCAUGAUUCUUAUUCAGAUUCGUCCGACACAAUUGAUAAAAACAAAAUUCCUAAGGGAAGUGACAGUUUUCAUGCUCCUUUUUCAUGUACGCCAUGGAGCAAACGGAAAGUUUCACACCAUCCAGAAACAUAUGUGAUCAGUAAGGACUAUGUUUCUUUUCCCCAUGAAGUUGCUCCUCAUUUUAAUAACAGAAUGUCACAUUCUUUCUUGCAUUGUCUGUUGGAAAGAAGAGGAAAGGGCAUUCCCUUGACAGCCCACAAUCAUUAUUUUGGGAGUGUUUAUUUAAGGGCUCCAGCUGAGAAUGAGGUGAAAGAAAUGAUGGGGUAUGAAAGAAUUGAAGAAGGUCUGGAGAAAGAACUAUCUCAAGGUUUUGAACAAAAGGAGAGUAGAAGUACUUCAGUAUUUCCCGAGAUGCAUGCCAGAUCUUCAGAAAUAAAAUUAUUUGAGAAUGUUGUAUUUCCUGAUAAUUCUGUAAAAGUUUCAGAAAUAGAUACAUACUCUAGGCAACAUGGUACCUCUAAGAUGGAGGUUUCUGGUGGUCCUCUUAAGACGAUUAAAUUCAACUUGGAUGAGACAUCAGAACAACCGUAUUUACAAGAGGAAAGAUACCAAAGGGCAGCUUCUGCUUUUGGUGGAAAUAGUGUUGAUGCUUCUGAAAAUGUAGCCUUUGAGGUAGUUAUUGCCUCUAUUGAGCCUUCCAAGAAAGACAGUACAGUAAAUGAAAUCCAAACUGACAUUAGUAAGUCUUUAAUAAAUGACAGCCAAGAAUGUGAACCAAAAAAUUCACAUCUUUCUCUAUUAAAUUAUAAUGGUGAAAACUCUUUGUUUGAUGAACUUAGUCAUCCACUUUAUCAGUCUACUCCUGGGGUGUUUGAAUUAGCGGCUUCAAAACCAUUGUUGCAUAAAAAAGAUAAUAGUGAUAGCUCCCUGUAUUGGCAUCUUGAUUUAAAAUCCCUCCCCAGUGCUCCUCAGGAAAUGUUCAUUAAGCCACUUUCUCUUAUUCCAGAGCUUAAGUCAUCUGCUUCUUUAAGUGAAAAAUCUCACAGCCAGGCUGCUGGUCUUGGCAAAGCACAGUCAGCUUUAUUUCACUGCGAUCUAGACAAUGAACCAUUUCUUCCCAUUGGGAAGAUAAAGUCUGGUCCUGAUCUUGACCUUGCAGAGAAGGCAGGAUCUUCAAACAUUUUUUAUCCAAUGAAAGUAUCAACUUCAGAUUCUUUGGUUUUACAAGAUUUAAGAAGAUUUGAAGAAAUUGCGGAUUCCUCAAACGAUAUUUUGGUUAAGAAUGGAAACUCCAGUAACAUCAUUGAAGGUUCUUCUGCAAGUGUAGGAGGUGGCUUUUCAGCAAACUUGGUGACAAGUGAUGCUGAGUCACAAGGUGCUUUAUCAAUGACCAGUAAUGCAUCAUUAAUUCCAGUCGGUCAAGAGUCAUUGCUGAAAGCUGAUGUAGGCCAAGAUAAAAUUCCUCAGCCUAUGGGAGCCAAAUCCUAUUUUACUAUACAUACAGUUAUGCAAAACGACUCCUAUUUUGUAGAGGGCCUGCAGGGGAAGGCUGAAUCUGACACCUCUACUCUGGGUGAUGAUAUUGAAUGCUGUGACCUAGAUGAAAAUGCUACUGUGGGCAGUACAAGAGCUGUUGAUCUACAAAGAGAGGUGUGUGAACAAGGUGACUUGACUGUUGAGUGCAUUGAGCUAGCAGGUUUUAAAAAUGUGCUUGAUGAUCUGGAGGUUUGUGACAGCUCCCUGCACAGGCAGUCUGCCUUAGAACUGCCAUCAAAGGAAGAGAGUGAUUUUGAAGAGCCUGUAGGUUGUUCUAAUACGGACACUAAUCAGACUUUUUCAUCCACAUUGCCUCCAUUUACUCCUGAUGAGCCAACCAUAGAGUUGGAGUAUCACUCUUCAGAUCUCAGGAUGUUGAGGGUAUCUCCUGACACUGUGCAAAAGUCUCUUAAACAUAUAGCAGGAGAUACUUCUAAAGGAGGCAUACCUGAAGUUACUCAUUCCAGCUCGAAACCAGGCAUCACUGCUACUGCUGGAGAUUCAGAUACUGGAUCUCUUUUAUCCUUGUUCCCCGAGGACUUUCCUCAGUUGGCUUUAAGGUCUCCUCAAGAGAAUACUAUUGGUCAGCAUACUGAUAAACUCAACCAGCAGGCACCAGUAGAUAGUAAGAUAAGUGAAGAGACUCUAAAACUUUCAGCUGUUAGUGAACUAGCUGACCAGAAGACUGAGAUAUCAACAGUACCCUCUAGUUCGUACUCACAAAGAGGGAAGCCCAAUAUUUUCUAUCCACAAGCCUUACCAGACAGUCAUCUAACUGAAGAGGCUCUAAAAGUUUUGGCUGUUCCUGGUCCUGCUGUCCAGAAGGCUGGCAUACCUACAGUCCUUCCAAGCGCCUACUCACGUGGAGAGAAGCAUAAUAUCUUCUACCAACAGGCCCCGCCAGACAGUCAUCUAACUAAGGAGGCUCUGAAAGUUUUGGGUGUUCCUCAUCCUCCUGACCAGAAGACUAGCAUACCUGCUGUCAUUCCAAGUUCCUACUCACGUAGAGAGAAGCAUAAUAUCUUCUACCAGCAGGCACCGCCAGACGAUCAUCUCACUGAAGAGACUGUAAAAGUUUCGGGUGUUCCUGGUUCUCCUGUCCAGAAGAGUGGCAUACCUACUGUCCUUCCAAGUUCUUACUCACGUGGAGAGAAACAUAGUAUUUUCUACCCUCAGACCUUACCAGACGGUCAUCUAACUGAAGAGACUCUGAAAAUUUCAGCUGCUGACCAGGGGACUGAAAAGACAAUAGUUCCUUCUAGUUCCUAUUCACGAAGAGAGAAGCACAUUAUUUUCUCCCAGCAACAGUUGUCAGACGGUCAUCUAACUAAACAGGUUCUGAAAGUUUCAUUUGUUCCUGGGCCAGCUGAUCAAAACACUGGGAUACCUACAUUAUCUUCACAUUCAUGUCCACUUGGAGAGAAGCCCAGUAUCUUUUACCAACAGGUCUUGCCAGAUAGUCAUUUAAUUGAACAGACUCAGAAAAUUGUGGUUCUUCCUGAACCAGCUGACCAGAAGACUAGGAUACCCUCUACUUCUUACUUAGACAGAGAGAGGCCCCCUAUUUUCUAUCAACAGACAUUGCCAGAAAGUCAUCUAACUGAACAGGCUCUGAAAUUUUCUGCUCUUGGAUCCAUUGAGCAGAAGAUUGGGAUACCAACCUCUACUUUCCCCUCAGGUAGAGAGAAGUCCAGUAUUUUCUACAAACAGGAGUUGUCAGAUAGUCAUCCAAUUGAACAGGCUCAGAAAGUUCCAUCUGUUCCUGGACCAGCUGACCAGGAUACUGGGAUACCAGUAGUGCCCUCUAGGCCCUCCUCUCUUGGCGAGAAGCCCAAUGUUUUCUAUCAGCAGGUAUUACCAGAUAGUCCUCUAACUGAAGAGACUCUGAAAGCUUCAUCUGCUCCUAGACCAGGUGACCAGAAGACUGGGAUACCAGCAGUAUCCUCUAGUUCCUACUCACAUAGAGAGAAGCCUGGUAUUUUCUACCAAAAGGUCUUACCAAGCAGUCAUCAAUCUGAAGAGGCCCUGAAAGUUUCAGUUGCUUCUGAACCAGCUGAAAAAAAUAGUGGGUUACUAUCAGAAGCUUCUAAUUUCUACUCACAUAGAGAGAAGCACAAUAUUUUCUACGAACAGGAGUUGACAGAUAGUUCUCUAACUGAACAGGCUCAGAAAGUUUCACCUACUCCUGAACCUACUGACCAGAAGACCGAGAUAUCAACAAUAACUUCUGCCUCUUACUCGGAUAUAGAAAAGCCCUUUAUUUUCUACCCACAGAGCUUGCCAGACAGUCAUCUACCUGAAGAAGCUCUAAAAGUUACAGGUGUUUCUGAACCCACUGACCAGAAGACUGGAAUACCAGUAGUUCCCUCUACUUCCUACUCACCCAAGGAGAAGCCCAUUUUUCCCCCUCAGGCCUUGCCAGGCAGCCAGUUACUUGAAGAGGCUCUGAAAAUUUCAGCUGUUUCUGGACCAGCUGACCAGAAGACUGGGUUGCCAUUAGAACCUUCUAGUUCCUACCCACCUAGAGAGAAGCCUAUUACUUUAUACCCUCAGGACUUGACAGACAGCCAGGUGUCUCAGGAGGCUCUGAAAGUUUCAGCUGUUCCUGGACCAACUGACCAGAAGACUGGGUUGCCAUUGAAGCCUCCUAGUUCUGACUCACCUAGAGAGAAGCCCAUUACUUCAUACCCACAGGACUUGACAGACAGACAGGUACCUCAAGAGGUUCUAAAAGUUUCAGCUGUUCCUGGACCAACUGACCAGCAGACUGGGUUGACACCAGAACCUUCUAGUUCCUACUCACCACAAGAGAGGCCUAUUAUUUUUUCCCCCCAGGCCUUGCCUGGCAGUCAGUUCCUUGAAGAGGCUUUGAAAGUUUCAGCUAUUCCUGGACCAGCUGACCAGAAGACUGGGUUGCCAUCGGAACCUUCUAGUUCCUACUCAGCUAGAGAGAAGCCCAUUAUUUUCUACCCACAGGGCUUGACAGAUGGCCAGGUACCUCAGGAGGCUCUGAAAGUUUCAUCUGUUCCUGGACCAACUGACCAGGAGGCUGGGUUGACACCAGAACCUUCUGGUUCCUACUCACCACAAGAGAAGCCCAUUAUUUUUCCCCCUCAGGAUUUGCCAGGUAGUCAUUUACUUGAAGAGGCUCUGAAAAUUUCAGCUGUUCCUGGACCGGCUGACCAGAAGACUGGGUUGCCAUCGGAACCUUCUAGUUCCUACUCAGCUAGAGAGAAGCCCAUUAUUUUCUACCCACAGGGCUUGACAGAUGGCCAGGUGCCUCAGGAGGCUCUGAAAGUUUCAGCUAUUUGUGGACCAACUGACCAGAAGACCGCAUUGACACCAGAACCUUCUAGUUCCUACUCACCACAAGAGAAGCCCAUUAUUUUUUCCUCCCAGGCCUUGCCUGGCAGUCAGUUACUUGAAGAGGCUCUGAAAAUUUCAGCUAUUCCUGGACCAGCUGACCAGAAGACUGGGUUGCCUUCGGAACCUUCUAGUUCCUACUCAGCUAGAGAGAAGCCCAUUAUUUUCUACCCACAGGGCUUGAUAGAUGGCCAGGUACCUCAGGAGACUCUGAACGUUGCAGCUUUUCCUGGACCAGCUGACCAAAAGACUGGGUUGACACCAGAACCUUCUAGUUCCUACUCCCCGUGGGAGAAGCCCAUUAUUUUCUACCCAGAGGGCUUGACAGACUGUCUGGUACCUCAGGAGCCUCUGAAAGUUUCAACUGUUCCUGGACCAACUGAUCAAAAGAUUGGGUUGCCAUCAGAAUCUUCCAGUUCCUAUUCACCACGGGAGAAGCCCAUUAUUUUCUACCCAGAGGGCUUGGCAGACAGUCAGGUAUCCCAGGAGGCUCUGAAAGUUUUAGCUAUUCCUGGACCAGCUGACCAGAAGACUGGGUUGCCAUCAGAACCUUCCAGUUCCUACUCAUAUAGGGAAAAGCCCAUUAUUUUCUACCCCCAGCGCUUAACACACAGUCCGAUAUCUCAGGAGCCUCUGAAAGUUUCAGCGAUUCCUGGACCAGCUGACCAGAAGACUGGGUUGACAUCAGAACCUUCCAGUUCCUACUCAUAUAGAGAGAAGCCCAUUAUUUUCUACCCUCAGGGCUUGGCAGAUAGUCAGUUACCUCAGGAGGUUCUGAAAGUUUCAGCUGUUCCUGGACCACCUGACCAGAAAACUGGGUUGCCAUCAGUACCUUCCAGUUCCCACUCAUAUAGAGAGAAGCCCAUUAUUUUCUACUCACAAGGCUUGACAGACAGUCGGGUGUCUCAGGAGGCUCUGAAAGUUUCAGCUAUUCCUGGACCAGUUGACCAGAAGGUUGGGUUGCCAUCAGAACCUUCUAGUUCCUACUCACCUAGAGAGAAGCCUAUCAUUUUCUACCCACAGGGCUUGACAGAUGGCCAGGUACCUCAGGAGGCUCUGAAAGUUUCAGCUAUUCCUGGACCAACUGACCAGAAGACUGGGUUAACAGUAGAACCUUCUAGUUCCUACUCAAACAGAGAGAAGUCUAAUAUUUUUUACCAGCAGGAGUUAUUAGGCAGUCAUCUAACUGAAGAGACUCUGAAAGUUUUAGCUGUUUCUGGAACAAGUGAUCAGAAGACUGGGAUACCAACGGUACCUUCAAGUUCCUACUCACUUGGAGGGAAGCCCAUUAUUUUCUAUCAGCAAGCCUUAUCAGAUAGACCUCUCACUGAAGAGGCUCUGAAUGUUUCACCUUCUCCUGGACCAGCUGACCAGGACACUGGGAUCCCAAUAGUAUCUUCUGUUUCUUACUCUCACAGAGAGAAGCCCAGUAUUUUGUACCAACAACCCAUGUCAGAUGAUCAGCUGGCUGUAGAAGCUCUGAAAAUUUCAGCUGUUUCUGGACCAGAUGAUAAGAAGACCAGAAAACCAACAGUUACCUUGGCUUCUUAUUCACAUAGAGAUAAGCCCAUCAUCUAUCAGCAAGAGUUUCCAGAUCUUACUGAAGCAUCUUUAAAUGUUUUCAGGGUGCCCGGACUAGGUGACCAGAAGACUGGAAUACCAGUAGUAACCUCUAGUCCUUACUCACAUAGAGAGAAGCCCAUCAUUUCUUACCAGCAGGAGUUGCCAGAUCCUAAUGAAGGUAUUGUAAAAAUUUUAGGGGCUCCUGGGUCUGCUGACCAGAAGACUGGGAUACGAUUUGGGUCCUCUGCUUCCUAUUCACAUAGAGAGAGCCCCAUCUUUUCUUACCAGAGGGAGUCGCCAGGUGUUACUGAAGAAGCUCUGAAAGUUUCAGCUGUUUCUGGACCAGGUGACCAGAAGACUGGAAUACAUACAAUUCCCUCUAGUUCCUACUCCUACAGAGAGAAGGACGGUAUUUUUAAACAGCAGGAGUUGCCAGAGAUUUUUGCUCUUCCUGGAUCUGCUGAUCAGAAGGCUGAGAUACCAAUAGGACCUUCUAGCUCUUACUCACAUAAAGAGAAACUCAAGCUUUCACCUGUGACUUUACCAGAUGACCAAAACACUGAGUUACUAACAGCUCCCCUUAGUUCCUACUCACAAGGAGAAGAGCCCAAAAUUUCAACUGUGAUUGGACCAGAUAACCACACAACUCCAUUACUGACAGUUUCUCAUAAUUCUUCUUCUCAGAGAGUAAAGCCCAGUAUUUUCUUUCAAAAAGAACUGCCAGAUGGACAUUGUAGUGAGGAUAUUUUGAAAAUUUCACCUAUCUCUGAACCAACUGUUGUGAACGCUGGGAUACCAAUACCUCUUUCUAGUUCCUAUUCCCACAGGGAGAAAUCUAAUAUUUCCUACCCACAGGAAUUGCCAGACAAACAUCUAGCUGAAGAUGCACUGAAGGUUUCAACAAUUCCUGUACCAGCUGACCAGAAAAGUCUGUUACCAACAGUUCCUUCUAGUUCCUUUUCACACAGACAGAAACCAAAUAUAUUCUAUAAACAGAAUUUUCCAGAUAGACAUGUAACGCAAGAUGCUCUGAUGUUCUCAGGGGGUGUUGAGCAAGUUGAUCAGAUUACUGGGUUAUCAACAGUUACCCCUGGAACUUAUUCACAUAGUGAGAAGCAGAAACUUGUUUCAGACCAUGUUCAAAUGCUAAUAGAUAAUUUGGAUUCUUCGAACUCCAGUGUUAUCUCAAACACUAUGCCUUUAAGUUCUCAGACUGAUGGUAGAGUUGUAAUAAGUAAACCAGAAUCUUCAGGUUUUGAAGAUGUUGGGUCUGAGGAAAUUCAAGAUACAAGCAGCAGCUCCAAAACGCUUAGAGAGAUUCGGAACCUUUUAAUGGAGGCAGAAAAUAUAGCACUGAAACGAUGCAAUUUUUCUGCUCCCCUUGUCCCUUUCAGAGAUGUUAAUGAUAUUUCAUUUAUACAAUCUAAGAAGGUGGUUUGCUUCAAAGAACCCCUCACAGCUGAUGAAUCUAAUGGUGAUUUGCCUCAGAGUCUGCCAUUUGCAGAGGAAAGCCCAAGCAACAAGUGCAUACAGAAGGAUAUUAGCACACAGGCAAAUCUGAAAUGCCAGAGAGGCAUUGAGAAUUGGGAGUUCAUUAGUUCAACUACAGUUAGAAGUCCUCUACAGGAAGCAAAAAGCAAAGCCAGAGUGACAGUAGAUGAAACCCUUCGGCAAUAUAGAGCAGCCAAAUCUGUAAUGAGAUCUGAGCCUGAAGGGUAUAGUGGAACCAUUGGGAAUAAAAUUGUUAUACCUAUGAUGACUAUCAUUAAAAGUGAUUCAAGUAGUGAUGCCAGCUCCUGCUCGUGGGACAGUAAUUCACUGGAGUCAGUUUCUGAUGUCCUUCUAAACUUCUUUCCAUAUGCUUCACCCAAGGCAAGCUUGACAGAUAGUAGAGAGGAAGAAGGUGUGCUGGAGAGUGAUGAUGCUGGUGGUAGCAGUGUAGAUUCACUGGCUGCACAUGUCAGAAACCUUCUGAAAUGUGAAUCGUCAUUGAAUCAUGCUAAACAAAUACUCCGAAAUGCAGAAGAAGAGGAAUGUCGAGUACGAGCACGAGCCUGGAAUCUGAAAUUUAAUUUGGCUCAUGAAUGUGGCUACUCCAUUUCAGAAUUAAAUGAAGAUGACAGGAGAAAAGUAGAAGAGAUCAAAGCAAAGUUGUUUGCUAAUGAGAGAACAACUGACUUGUCCAAGGGUGUACGGAGUCCACGGGGAAUAGGAUGCAAGCCAGAAGCUGUAUGUAGUCACAUUAUUAUUGAGAGCCAUGAAAAAGGAUGUUUCAGGACUCUAACUGCUGAACAACCACAAUUGGAUAGUCACCCUUGUGUUUUCAGAUCUGCUGACCCCUCAGAAAUGAUCAGAGGACAACAGAGUCCAUCAUCAUGGAGAACCAGACACAUCGACCUUUCCAAAUCACUAGACCAGAGUAACCCCCAUUUCAAAGUUUGGAAUUCCUUGCAGUUACGAAGUCAUUCCCCAUUUCAAAACUUUACAGCUGAUGACUUCAGAAUUAGCCAGGGUCUUCGAAUGCCAUUUCAUGAAAAGAUAGACCCUUGGCUCUCAGAAUUAGUAGAACCUGCUUCUGUGCCAUCUGAAGAAAUGGAUUGUCAUUCUUCAUCACAAAUGCUGCCCCCAGAACCCUUGAAAAAGUUAACUACUUCCAUCACUUUUUCAUCUCACCGACAUUCUAAAUGCUUUUCAGAUUCCUCUGUUUUUAAGGUUGGUGUUACUGAAGGUAGCCAAUGUACUGGAGCCUCUGUGGGGGUAUUUAAUUCUCAUUUCACUGAAGAGCAAAAUCCUCCCAAAGAUCUAGAACAGAGAUCCUCUUCCCCUUCGUCAUUUAAAAUUGUUAGUCAUUCACCAGAUAAAGCUGUGACUAUCUUAGCAGAAAGUGGUAGACAAAGCCAAAAACUAUCUGUUGAACAUUCUCAGCAAGAAGAAGAACUCUUAGAAAGAUCAGAUUUUAAAGGCAGUGAUUCUGAGCCCAGUACCAGUGAAAAGGGUAGCAAUGUCAAGGAAGUUCAUUUUUCUGAUAACCAUACCUUCAUUAGAAUGAGCAGACCUAGUUCCACACUAGGAGUAAAAGAGAAGAAUGUAACUAUAACUCCAGAUAUUGCUUCGCACAUUAUUCUUGAACAACGAGAGCUCUUUGAACCAAGCAAAGCCUCACAUGCGGAUCACCAUGUGAGAAAACAUUCUCCCCCUCCUCAACAUCAAGAUUACAUAGCUCCAAACCUUCCUUGUCGCAUUUUUCUUGAAAAACGAGAACUCUUUGAACGAAGCAAAACCCCACAUUUAGAUCAUCAAAUGAGAGAAAACCACUGUCCCUUUCCUCAAAGUCAGGAUUAUAUAGCUUCAGACAUUCCUUCUUCCAUUUUUCUUGAACAACGUCAGCUCUUUGAACAAAGCAAAACCCCAGAUGUAGAUCACAUGGGAAAAUACCAUUCCCCUCUUCCUCAAGGUCAGGAUUAUAUAGUAGAAAAGAAUAACCAGCAUAAGUUUAAAUCAUACAUUUCCAGUAUGAUAAAUGUUGAAGCCAAAUUCAAUAAUGUGGUGUCCCAGUCAGCCCCAAAUCAGUGUACAUUAGUAACAUCUGCAUCUACUCCACCCACAAAUAGAAAAGCACUUUCUUGUGUUCGUAUAACUCUUUAUCCCAAGACUCCUUCCAAGUUGGAUAGUGGAACCUUAGAUAAAAGAUUUCACUCAUUGGAUCCUGCUUCUAAAACAAGGAUGAAUAGUGAGUUUAACCCUGACCUACAAACUAUAUCUUCAAGAUCAUUGGAACCAACCUCCAAAUUAUUGACCGGUAAACCUGUAGCACAGAAUCAACAAUCUUUAGGUUUUCUAGGACCUAAAUCUUCACCGGACUUCCAAGUUGUACAGUCUCCUCCUCCAGAUAGUGAUACUAUUUCCCAGGACUUGAAAACCAUACUUUUUCAGAAUAGCCAGAUAGUAACCUCAAGGCAAACACAAGUGAACAUUUCAGAUUUGGAAGGAUAUUCCAGUUCAGAAGGGACUCCGGUAUCUGCAGAUCGACCAUCAGAGGAGAUUAAGACCCCAUUUUCUGCUUUUCCUGGAAAAUUGUCAUCUGAUGCAGUCACUCAGAUAACAACAGAAAGUCCAGGAAAAACCAUGUUCUCAUCUGAGAUUUUUAUUAAUGGUGAUGAUCGUGGACUUGAAAUUCCAGAGCCCAGUACCCCAAAGGUGGGCAAAGUUCCUGUCAAAUUUGCUUCAUCAUCUUCAGGCCAACAGAUUACUACUCAUCCUCAUGGCACAGAUGGCCAGCCUUCACUGUUGCCAUAUAAGCCUCCUGGUAGUACGAGGAUGUACUAUGUUCCACAAUUGAAACAAAUUCCUCCAUCUCUGGAUUCCAGAUCAGAUACCACCAUUGAGAGCUCACACUCAGGGUCCAAUGAUGCCAUUGCUCCAGACUUCCCCGCGGAGGUGCUAGGCACAAGGGAUGACGACCUACCAGUCACUGAUAAUCUUAAACAUAAAGAGGGGAUCUACAGUAAGAGGGCUAAGACAGCCUUGCCACUGGGGACAAAACCUCCUCAGAAAGAUAAUGCAGAUGCCCAAGUUCAAGUUUCCAUCAUUGGGGACGAGGACAUUUCAGAUAAAAAACAGAAAAAGGAGAUAUACAAUAAAAAUACAGUGACUCAGCCUGCCCAAUCUGAAGAAAAAGAACCCUUGCAGAAAACCACUGAAGGUUCUGGUGGUGUUGCGGCUGCAGAGCACUCAGCUAGACUGCAAGACACAAAGACUGAAAGUCUGCCAGACACUGAAGAUGUUAAACAGAAAGAGGAGAGCCAUACUAAGAGAACAGUUCCUAAGGAAGCCUGGACAAAAGAAAAAGAAUCCUUCCAGAUAGAUAUUGCAGAGUCCAGAUGUCAUUCAGAAUUUGAAAAUACUACCCAUUCUGUCUUCAGGUCAGCCAAGUUUUACUUUCAUCAUCCAGUGCACCUACCAAGUGAUCAAGAUUUUUGCCAUGAAUCCUUAGGAAGGAGUGUUUUCAUGAGACAUUCUUGGAAAGAUUUCUUUCAGCAUCAUCCAGACAAACAAAGAGAACACACUCGUCUUCCUUCACCUCACCAAAAUGUGGAAAAGACGAAGGCAGAUUAUACCAGAAUAGAGAGCCUCAGUAUCAAUGUAAACUUGGAAAAUGAAGUGAUGCAUACUGCUAAAAGUCGGGCUAGAGAUUAUCCAAAAAGUGACAAGCUAAUUAAUGAUCAAAAAAAGGAUCAUAAGGUCACCCCAGAGCCAACAGCUCAGCACAGCGUGAGUUUGAAUGAACUCUGGAACAAGUAUCAGGAGCGACAGAGGCAAAAGAAACCUCCUGAGUUCAGUGACAGGAAAGAACUAUCCUUGGUGGAACGACUUGAUCGUUUGGCUAAACUUCUUCAGAAUCCCAUCACGUACUCUCUCCGGACCUCCGAAAGCACACCAGAUGAUAGCAGAGGAGAACAAGAUGUUAAGGAAUGGAGUGGUAGACAGCAACAGCAGAAAAACAAGCUUCAGAAAAAGAAGCGGUAUAAGAGCCUAGAGAAAUUCCAUAAAACUGCAGGAGAGCUUAAAAAAAGCAAGGUGCUUUCUACUCAUCAAGCUGGGAAACCCAAUCAGAUUAAAAUUGAACAGAUUAAAUUUGAUAAGUAUAUCCUGAGAAAACAGCCAGGUUUUUAUUACAGAAACAACACUUCUUCAGAUUCUAGACCCUCAGAGGAGAGUGAGCUGCUUACAGACACCCCCACCAACAUUGUUUCCACCACCACUUCUCCAGUGGAAUCAGAUAUGUUGACCCAAACAGAUAGAGAGGUGACUCUGCAUGAGAGGAGCAGCUCUAUUUCCACCAUUGACACUGCCCGACUGAUCCAAGCUUUUGGCCAAGAAAGAGUUUGUCUGUCACCCAGGCGAAUUAAAUUGUACAGCAGCCUCACCGACCAUCAGAGGAGAUUCUUUGAGAGGCGGAACAAGAAGAACAAGAAAGCACUGAAUACGGCUCAUCCCCAAAUGACUUCUGAGCACACCAGAAGGAAACACAUCCAGGUGCCAGACCAUGUGAUUUCUUCUGAUUCUGUUUCAUCUUCUACCAGUAGUUUCUGGAGCUCAAGCUCUACCUUUGGCAACAAGCAAAAUGUACAAAUGUUAAACAAGAGCAUACAAGCAGGUAACUUGGAGAUUGUGAAUGGUGUCAAAAAACACACUCGAGAUGUGGGGAUGACUUUCCCAACUCCAAGUUCUAGCGAGGCUAGAAUAGAAGAGGACAGUGAUGUGACUUCUUGGUCAGAAGAAAAAAUAGCAGAGAAAAGACUUCUUGCCAACUAUCUUGGGGACAAAAAGUUAAGGAAGAACAAGCACAGCUUUUGCGAAGGAGUUUCAUGGUUUGUUCCCAUGGAAAAUGUGAAGUCCGGUCCUAAGGAAAACCUGCCCAAGCAUCAUGGCCCUGGUAUCUGCUGGUUUGCCCCAAUAACCAACACCAAACCGUGGAGGGAACCGCUGCGGGAACAGAACUGGCAGGGACAGCACAUGGACAGCCACGGGGCACUAGCAGGCCCAGGCAGAGAGCCACCGAAGCCGUUUGUGAGAGCAACGCUACAGGAAUCCCUUCAGUUUCACAGACCUGACUUCAUCUCCCGCUCUGGGGAGCGGAUAAAGCGUCUGAAGCUGAUAGUCCAGGAGAGGAAGCUGCAGAACAUGUUACAGAGCGAGCGGGAGGCCCUGUUCAACACCGUGAGAGAACGGCAGGGCCGGGACCCUGUGCGCCCGCUUCUGAAAAGAGGCUUCCUGGAUGCCCGAAAGAACAGGCCUAUUGGGAAGAAGGAAAUGAUUCAGAGGUCUAAACGGAUUUAUGAGCAGCUUCCAGAAGUUCAGAGAAAGAGAGACGAGGAGAAGAGGAGAUUGGAAUACAAGUCAUACCGCCUGCGAGCUCAGCUCUUCAAGAAGAGGACUCUGAAAGUCAGAAUCCAAAAGACGUGUUUAUACCAGACCGAUGUGGGAUUGGAGAACUGCUUCUGGAGCACACCCGGAGCUGGGCUGGGCCGGGCCCUUCGAAGAGGGGGCCCCCAGGCACCACAUGGCCUGUCCAGUGGGUCAGCAUCACAGGCCAGGCCUCUCGUUGUGCUCAAAGUGACCAAUCAGCUCUUGGGGAGAAAAGUUCCCUGGAACUGAUAGGAGAUUAUUUUCCUCACAGUCUUGGAAUUAUAUUUUAUCAACAUGAAGAAGCACAAUCCUUACUUUUAUGAGUCUGGUUUAAUAAAACUUAACUCUUUGUCUAUGUUUAA